AUGCCUGAGAGCUCAACCAAGAGGUCUCCCCAGUCGAACAAUCAGCUCCUUCCCAACCAGAAGAUGCGUACCACCUGUAACGCCUGUCAACAAGCGAAGAUAAGAUGUAGCCACACUCACCCGUGCCAAAGGUGCGAGAGCCACGGGUACCAGUGUAUCUACUCAAUCUCGCAACCGUUAGGCCGGCCAGCCAAGAAGAAGACAGCUCGGCCAGCAGCAGCGGGUGCAGGUAUACAUGUGCGCAAGGGUGGAGGGGAGGUAGUUGAUCGUUCGACUCGGGGAAAUGCAGGGAGGGCAUCAAGGCCAGUCCCAGUAGCGAGAGCGCAGAGGGCGCGCAGGGUCCAGAGUCGGCUGCCGAGUCCAAGUCCAAAAUCCGGCUCGGUUGUUAGCGAGAGAGCAGAGUCGCACAAAAGCGACUCCGGCAACGGCACUGAAGCCACACCAGCGGAACAAGACUCUCAGUGGCCGACUUUCACAGAGUGGUUCUCAGAUUUUCCAGAAAUUGAUACAGCCGGAGGUCAUACUCAGGACCAAGAGUUUUUCAGCACAAAGGAGGCCAAUACCCAUACCGAUCCAGGAUUUGCUGAUGCCAGCCUUGACAGCUCGUCUGAAAGGACCGACGGUUUCGGAUGUUUUGGGGGUCCCCGUUGUUCUGGGCCGUUCGUUAACUAUUCCACACAGUUAUAUGCUCCCCACAUUGGUUUGAUGGCCGACGAGCCUUCCAUUGGAGGAUUUGAUCCCCUACAUGUUGCUGUGCCGGUGGCCCAACAUGGGCCUUCCUUUCAGAGUGGCGCAAUUUAUCCCUUUAGCCUCGCACCGAAUGCAAUUCAAAUCUCGGGAACAGUGCAGGACCCUGCCAGGAUCAUGGAAUUGCCCUCCAAUGAUGCCUGGCAGCAGCUCCUCGAGCCUGAUCUCACUAGUUCCAGUCAAUCUCUUCUAGUGGAAGAUAUUGAUCUCGAGAAACUGCCGGAAGAUACUUCUUCCCUUCACUGCAAUUGCUAUGUCCAAGCAUUCAGUGAAGUUGUUCGAUGUGAGGACUUGAAGAGCCCGACCGGGAUAUUGCUCCGCCUUGAGAGGGUGCAGCAACAGGGGAUGGUCACCCUUCAAUGCCCGGUGUGCUAUGCCUCAAACGCCAGGGCUGAUACCCUCACUUUGUUGAUCAUGGCGAUUGAAAAAGCAGCUCGGGAAUUGAAUGUGAGGGCUAGAGUGGCCACUUUCUCGGUGCAUGGAGGUGUUCAUUCCGUCUGGGGAGCGGAAGAUCUCGACCAGAUGCGUCGUUGUCUGUCUCAUCUGUUAAUUAUCGUCCGCUUCAUCUCUCACGAUCUAGAGCGUGCCGCACCAUCCAAGUGGCACCUUUUUAUUGCCGACGAGACAGACCGGCGGCUGCAGUCGAUUAUUCGAAUUUUCGAGUGA